AUGAAAGUCAAAGGAAGAAGAACUAACAACAGAAUAGAAGCUUUAAUUAAGGAGAGAGAAAUAUUGGAUAAUUUAAAAGAGGAAUUAAAGAAAGAGGGCAAACGAGCAAAACCUGACAUUAAGGAGAAUGCUUUCAUGAAUCGUCUUCAAGAAAAGAAACGCAUAAAUGGGAUGAAGAAAAAAAUCGAGAAAACAAUGCCUGAAAGCACGGAGAGAAAGGUAAAAUCACCAAUUGAAGACGAACGUCAUCAAGAUAAAUCGAAAUCAGAAGGAUUACGUGAUCCAAAUUACAUGAAAAAAUCUCCGUCUGAAAAGACUGAAGAUGAUGGCCGUUUUAUAUCUUACUAUUAUUAUUGUUGCGAUUUUUGUUAUGGUUUGUACGGUUACGAUUACGUUUUCGAAAAUGAAGGUGAAGAAUUUGUAAGUCUUUACAACGAUUGUCUUUACAACUGUUUCAACUAUUGGUGCUAUUAUGAUUAUGAUGAUAUGAAUCAAUAUUAUGGCUGAAAUAAUUCAUAAUAAUGUAACGGGGGGGAUAAAAAUUGAUAACGAAUUUUUCAUCCCUAUUAAAACUGUCAUGAAAUAAAAUUGGAAUUAAGCAUA